GGCUGUCAAGCGCCAGUAAGAGAGGCGCAAACAUGUCCUGUGAUUUCGUUUGAACGGGUAGGACGGCUGCGCAAACCUUGUGCCGUUCUCUACUGUAUGUCAUGUAUCAUAUAUAAAUCAGACGAAGGCGUUACACUGCAAACACCAUCAAGAGUCAUCAAGGUGGAUUUAUUUACAUUUAUCAACUGCCAUCUCCCAAAUAUUUGGCUGAAAAACUCAUAUCAAGGGUGAAAAUACUUCGUCACCAAGUUACUACCGAACCUGAAAUUUAUUCAGAUGGUCCUUCAGUGAUAACAUCAAUUCGAUUUUCUGUUCAAUCAGAACAUCUGAUUCACCUGCCGGGAAACUAAAAAACCACUAACUUCUACCGAGGUAUUUAUUCCCGUCCAUUUUAAUCACCUGAUACUCCUCGAAUGCUCUUGCUAAGCUUAGCUGAGGCUUAGUUGACGAUAUCUACAGAGGAAAGAACCAUUCUUGAAAGCGUUUUACUCAAUUAGCAAUUAGUUUCAUUCACUUCGGCUACUCCGCCACCUUUCAUUCAAGUACAUAAUAAAGCAACUUUCCACUUUGCUUCAUCUACAGUAUUACUUCAACAAUAGCACUCUACUGCUCAACAACCAUCUAUCCUUUUCAUCAAAUACGUUUUUGACAUAGUCAAUACUCUUUCGCAACACCUCAUUGUUCUCUAAUACACAUCCCUCAUCAACCAAUUAUCCUUCACGAUGUAUAAUAUUGCAAGCCCAGAUGAGUACCUCGCCAUCACUGGUGCAGGUAUUCGCACCGUCAAGAUUACCAAGAGCGCCUGGGUCUGGCCUUUCCAAAGAGUUCGUCAAAUACUUCUUCAAUUUUCUCAUUGUAACACUAACAAAUUCCCAGUGCCAACGAUUCAGCAUCCAACCACAUGUGAAUUUCCCUUUCUCGCCAAACGCCCAGUUCCUUACUAAUACACCCAGGACUACUCCAUGAACCUCCAAGCAAUGACCAGAGAGAAACUUCAAUUUCUUCUCCCGGUCGUUUUCACAGUCGGUCCUUAUGUCAAUCAAAAAGGGGUCAUUGACGGCCAGCCCACAAGAGACUCCACAGAUGCCACCUUUGUCCAUGCUCCUGCUCCAGAAGACCGCGGCGAUGCUCUCAUGAAAUAUGCAAUGCUUCUCUCAGAAGGAGACAAGAAGGGUGCGGACAAGGGACAGCAUAUUGAGAAUAUUGUCAAGGGUAUUAUUGAGGGCGAGACGAGAGUUUUGGUCUCGAGUAUGACUAUGGAGGAGAUCUUUACUGAGCGUGAGGUAUGUCAGAUUUCUCCAACCUGCUCAAUUGACUACGAAAACUUCUGUAUAUGUAGGGAGAGUAGUGCUAAUGUAAGGAACAGGAAUUCAAGAAGCGGAUUUUUCGUAAUAUCCAGGGAGAGCUUGGUCAGUUUGGUCUUAAGAUUUAUAAUGCCAACGUCAAGGAACUUCGCGAUGCUCCCCAAUCCAGCUACUUCGAGUCACUCUCACGAAAAGCACAUGAAGGUGCCAUCAAUCAAGCAAGAAUUGAUGUCGCUGAGGCUCAGCGUCGCGGUAAUGUUGGAGAGGUUAGUUAUACGUCUUUUGACCCCUUUUCGGGGGGUAUUGAGAGAAAAGGAGACUGUUUCUCCAAAAUAUUUCACUUCCUAACGAAUAUUCUUCUAAAAUUUGAAUAAAAAUUUGGAAUACAAAUACUGACUCGGGUUCUUCACAGGCACAACGUCAAGGAGAGCAAAAUCGUGAAAUCGCCAAGAUUAAUGGUACGUUGUCUGACUCUAUCAUGAUAUCUCGAGCUAACAGUUUCUCUAGCCGAGACCGCUGUCCAAAAGACAGAACGAGAUUCCGAAAGAGCACAAGCAGAGGCAACCCUCGCAACCCGUAAAACCGUCUUCAACCGUGACGUCAGUAUCGCCCAAAUCGAAGCCACCCGCGCAACAGAAUCUCGCGACGAAGAACUCCGAAAGGAAGUCGAAGUCAAGCGUGCAUUCACAGAAUUGGAGAGACUUCGAGCAAGCGAUGUCGUGAAAGCUACCAUCAGCAGAGAAGCAAAGCAACAAGCUGCCGACGCAAAAUUGUACGAGGAGCAAGCCAAGGCAAACGCUGGUAUGACUUCCCCUCCAAAAUCCAAUACCAAACACAAAACUAACACAUCCCAGCCCUCUUCACCGAACAAAAAGCCGCAGACGCCCACGCCUACACCCUUCGCAUCCAAGCCGAAGCCAACUUCCUCGCCGCCCAAAAGGAAGCCGAAGCCCAGCUCGUGCGUCAACAAAAAGAAGCAGCUGGUCUCUCCGCCAUGGCCGGUGCGUACGCCGACCUCUCUCACGCCUUCGGUGGUCCAGCGGGUCUCAUCCAGUAUCUCAUGAUUGAGAAGGGUGUCUACCAACAGAUGGCUAAACAUAAUGCUGAGGCGGUCCGCGGAUUGAAUCCCAAGAUGACGAUCUGGAAUACUGGUGCUCAAGCGGGCAGUGAGGGCGAGGGAAGUAAAGCUGGAGAGGGAAUGGGUGGUGUGAAUAGUAUUCGGAAUAUGUAUCAGAUGCUCCCGCCGUUGAUGAGUACUAUUAAUGAACAAACUGGGAUUGUUAGUUUCCUUCCUUCCCCUCGGAGAGUAAGAUAGAGAGGGGGUUCUUGGGUAAAGAUGAAUGGGGACUAAUGACUCCGUAGGUUCUUCCCGAGUGGCAGUUUGGGAAACUUGCCGGGCAUAUGUCGGAGCAGGAGGUUAAUGGGAAGAAGAUUGCGGGAAUGGCCAAUGGGGAUCAUUGAGUGGACUCCAAGGCUUUGGUGUGGUUGUGGUGGUGAUUGUGUGGUGGGAGUGUGAGAUAUACCCCAUCUCUUUUUUAUGAUGGAAGUUUCUUUUGUCUUUGUUUCUGGGGGUUUUUUUUUGGUUAGGGAGGACUUUUUUGUUGUUCUUGUUCUUGUGGUUGUUGUAUGUUUAUGGGGUAAGGUGUUUUAUGGUUGGGUAUGAGAGAUGGGGGAUGGUGUGGGUUCUUUGGAAAGCAGUGAGUGGAAUGUUUGCGGACCUUCGAGCGUUACAGUAUUGGUAUUCCUUUCAUCAGGGUAGGGGGUAAGAUAAAAAAGGGAAAGGGUGUUGGUACCUAUUUAGCGUGUGGUUCAGU